AAAGCCAAAAAUCUCUGCAUCACGCAGACUGUUCUUAAAGACCAAACUGCUAAAGAAGGCCAUGAAUAUGCUGGACACUGAAAAGCAAGUCAGAAAAGAUGACAGAGAGAGGAUCCUGGCUGAGAGAGUCCCAGAACUCCAAAUGUCAGGCCUGUCUUUGCAGGAUCUACAGAAUCUUUGCAAAGAGCUACACCAGAAAAUCGAUGUGGUUGAUGAAGCGCGGUAUGACAUUGAUUCUAAAGUGCAGAAAAAUACUAGGGAGAUACAGGACCUGUCUCAGAAGAUCUUUGAGUUGAAGGGCAAGAUGAAGAGACCGGCCCUGAAGAGGGUGAGGGUGUCCGCUGACGCCAUGUUGGGAGCUCUGCUGGGCGCUAAGGUCAAAGAGUCUGUGGACUUCAAGGCCAACCUCAAGACUGUGAAGAAAGAGGAGGAGAAGAAAGAGGAAGUGACUGACUGGCGUAAGAACGUGGAAUCCAUGUCUGGCAUGGAGGGCAGAAAGAAGCUGUUUGAUGCUGGGCAGUAGAUUUUGUGGUAAAUUUCUUUUUGAAGAUGCUGCUCUGAAACAGGUGGAACCAGCGAAUCGUUUGACUGUUGUUCACUUUAAAUGACAGUGAAUGACAUGAAGACCAGGUUAACAAGUAGGUUUUGACACGGGUCAUGUUUCAAGUGUUUGUGUAAAUGACAAGUGAAGGUGUUUGACUUGGUGAUAAUUAAUAUAAUACAUAUAGUUUUUUUUACAUAAUAUAUCAUGAAAAA